UCUGAUAAAGCGCAGCUCGGGACGACACGGGCUGCACGGUCGCGUCCAUCCCACUAUUGAAAAUUGUGAUUGUUUUUUUGUUUUUUUAUGAUCGCAAUUUUAAAACAGAGAAAAAAUAAAUAAACGACGCCAACACCGAGGGAUCAUAUUUCUUAUCAACAGGAAUCUGUGUUUUUCUUCCGACGUGGGCUCGUGUGUUCGACCGAUUCAUCUUUCGGUCGUCGUGAAUCUGAGACCCCACAGUGUGGUAAUGGGAAAUGAUGGAGGAUAAAGGGCCUCGUGUAGCCGACUACUUUGUGGUUGCCGGCCUAACCGACUCAUCCAAGCCUCUGGAGGAGGAGCUCCACUUUGAUGAUUCCGGUCCCAAGUCUGUGAGACCCAAAGCCCCCAUCACCGAUGUGGCUGUGGUGAUCCGCUCCCUGGGCGAAGAGGUACCCCCAGGUUUCACUUGUGUGGAAAGCACCCCCUCAGGCCUUUCUGCAGAGCUCAAUGGAGGCAGCCUCAGGGGCCCGCAGAUCUUCUUGUGCUUCAAGCGAGGCCGAGAUAAGCCUCCACUGACGGAUCUUGGGGUUUUGUACGAGUGGAAAGAGAAACUGAAGCCUGGGUGUCACAUCGUCCAGACCACGCCCUCAGGUCGCCCCGCCAACAUCAGCAGCUCGUCCUCCCAACGCAUCUACAUCACCUAUCGCCGUGCCCCAAAGAGCCAGCCCCAUACUUCACUCGCUGUCACUGAUGUCUGCAUCAUCAUUCCCGGCAAAGGGGAGAUACCCCCUCACACCUUCUGCAGGGUGGACAAGAACCUCAACAGCAGCAUGUGGGGAUCCUCAGUCUACCUUUGUUAUAAGAAAUCUCUGGCUAAAGCAAACACAAUUGCUUACAAAGCAGGUCUGCUGUGUAGGUACCCUGAAGAGGACUACGAGUCCUUCCCACUGCCUGAGUCAGUGCCUAUGUUCUGCCUGCCCAUGGGGGCUACGAUCGAGUGCUGGCCAGCACACACCAAACACUCCCUGCCUGUUUUUUCUACAUUUGUGCUGACAGGGGCCUCUGGCGGAAAGGUGUAUGGAGCAGCCAUCCAGUUCUAUGAGCCUUACUCAGAGGAGAACCUGUCUGAGCGUCAGCGCUCACAGCUUGGCCUUCCAAGCUCCGAUCUGGGACCUGACGGGACCAGAAGUGUUUACAGCAACAAGAGCAUCUGUCUGCUCUCCCAUUGGCCCUUCUUCCAGUCCUUCAAGAGCUUUCUCACUUUCCUCUACCGAUACUCCAUCUCCGGACCACAUGCUCUGCCCAUUGAAAAACACAUCUCUCAAUUCAUGCAAAAUGUGCCAUUCCCCUCCAUUCAGAGACCACGCAUCCUAGUGCAGCUGUCUCCACAUGACAGCCUGAUACUGAGCCAACCUGUCUCCUCUCCACUGCCUCUCAGUGGUGGAAGCCUCUCCACAUUACUGCUGAACCUGGGCCCAAAGAAUGCAGCCACUCUGCUGGUGUUGGCUGUCACAGAGCACAAGAUCCUGGUGCAUUCCCUGCGUCCAGCUGUACUCACCAGUGUUACAGAGGCCCUUGUGUCUAUGAUCUUUCCCUUCCACUGGCCGUGCCCCUACAUCCCUCUGUGCCCACUGGCCCUGGCCGAUGUGCUCAGUGCGCCCUGUCCUUUCAUUGUGGGUCUGGACUCCAGAUACUUUGACCUUUACGUGCCCCCAGCUGACAUCAGCUGUGUGGAUCUGGACACCAACACAAUCUCCCAAAAAGAGGACAAGAAGGCUUUAACAUGGAAAAUUUUGCCCAGGAGAGCUUGCAAAUAUCUUCUGAAUACCCUGAAUAAGAUCCAUCAGCAGCUCAUUGAGGGUGGUCAGGUGGACCGUGAAGAUGUGCAGAUGGAGCACACAGUGACUGAAAGUGAGCUCAACGGGGGGAAGAGCCUCCACACGCUGGAGCUGGAAAUCCAGGAGGCCUUCCUGCGGUUCAUGGCGGCCAUCCUAAGAGGCUACCGCUCCUACCUGCAGCCCAUCACCCAAGCGCCCUCUGAAAAGACCACAGACGUUAGCUCCCUCUUCGACCUCCAAGGCUUCCUGAAGAGCAGAGACCGCUCCCAUCAGAGGUUCUACUCCCUCAUGACCAAGACUCAAAUGUUCAGCCGUUUCAUAGAGGAGUGCUCCUUUGUCAGUGACAAAGACGCGAGCUUGGCUUUCUUUGACGAGUGUGUUGAUAAGCUAUUCACCAAUGGGAGCAAGAUGGACAGCGAGCGGCCAGAGGACACCAGGCUGAUCGAGCUGGAUGAAUCCCACCGCAGCGAGCACACAGUCUACAUCAACCCUCCAGAGCUGCCUCCGCUACCCCAGGGAGAAGAGUACCCUCUGUGCUAUAGCUACUCUGGGUUCCCUGUACUGAACGCUGAGCUCCUGGAGCCAGCGGAGGGACAAAAUCCUCCAUCAGCAGGCAUGGCCUCACGCCACAGCAGCCCGGCCAGCCCAACGGCCAUCUUUAGACGCUCUAAACAGGAGAUCAAAUCGGCUCAAAGGAUGGCCAAGACCUAUUCAUCUAUGCCUCAGAUGUGGUCCAAGUGUCUGCUGCGUCAUUGCUAUGGCCUGUGGUUCAUCUGCCUGCCGGGAUUCGUCGGGACCUGUCACUCUAAGGUGCGAGCUCUGCGUACGGCUUACGAUGUGCUGAGGAAGAUGCAGGAAAAGAAGCUGCAGGCUCCUGAUGAGGUGUGCUACCGUGUGUUGCUGCAGUUGUGUGGCCAGUAUAGCCAGCCCGUCCUGGCUGUAAAAGUGCUGUUUGAGAUGAAAAAGGCUGGAGUCCAACCCAAUGCCAUCACCUAUGGGUACUAUAAUAAGGCAGUGUUGGAGAGCACCUGGCCCUCCACCACCAGAGGAGGCUACUUUCUGUGGGGAAAGCUCAGGAACGUGGUCCUAGGUGUGCUCCAUUUCAAGCAAGCAGGGAGAAAACAACAGACUCCUCACAGAGAUCCUCAGCUUUCAGACGGCAGUGAUCUCGACACCGUCAGUCAUGGGAGUCUGGACAGUGCUAAUGACUCUGCUGAGCGCACAUCCAUAGACACCGACUUCACUAAGAUGGACUCCAGCGAUGAUGGAUUUAGUACAGGAGGACAGUCAGACCAAGGCUACGAUUCACUGUCCAAAGAGGAGGAGAGGCUGUGCGGCAGAGAGAGUAACAGCACACCACUGGUAGAAGACAAAGGAGCGGGGCAGUCGACACCUGAGAUCGAGGUUCCGAUAAGCAGCAUAUCUCCGUCUACUAAAAGCUAUAAAUCCUCAGAUGCCAAUGCAGGCAAUGGCAGCAGCCUGGUUUCCAGUCCAUCCGGUGACACCGUUCUGUGUGGAGCUCUGCCGAAGAGAGAGAGGCCAAAAUCUCUGGACUUGUCCGGGGGACUGGAAACCCUGAGGUUCACCGUUCCUCAUCUAGCAAAGCAGCAUCACCCGGCUGUCGACCGACUGCACGGAGUGGAAGAAGAGGAGCCAGAGGCUGAUACACAAAAACCUCUGGUGGAGAGAAGAGUGGGCUGCAGCGGCAUGGCAGAGGGGCCAGGCGUCUCCAUAGAGAGGAGUGUCAGCUUCAGUGCUGGGCCUGUAAGGAGGACAGGUAUGGAGACGGGGUUUGACCCCCUGUCACUAAUGGCGACAGAGGCGGUUCAAGAGUGUGACCAGGACAACUGCAGCACACCAACCGCACGGCGCAACCUCGCUAAGGAGAUCGAGAUGUACAUGGACCACUGCACCAGCCCUCUGAGCAGCGGCACACCCAGCACGGACCUGCAGAACCCCUCGAGCCCCUUGUUUCAAUCCAAAUCAUCUCCUCACACCUCACCGAGACCCUCCACCCUACUGCGCUCCAACACACACCUGCCGCUGCCUAUUAAAUCCAAGGAGAGGCUGAGGCCAUCGCCGUCUCUUCCACUGGGUAACUGUAACAAGGACAGAGAGAGGCCCUCCUCAUUAGCGUCACCGUCGUCGCCCACUCCCUCCGCCUCAUCCUUUUCCAUGGACUCUCUCUUCACGCCAACUCUGGACAUCUUCAAGAGCAGCGUCAUAUCAGCAGGGAAGGGUGUGGCCGAGAAGGCCAGCCGCUUUUACUCACGUCUGUCUUCCCAGACUUCAUUGACACAGGAUGCAAACUGUGAUCGCAUUAGUGUAUCCUCACUGACAUCAGCAGAGGCCGACUGCUCCUCGCUGCUUGAUCUUGACUCCUGUCUGGACCCAGAUGGCUUAACCUCCCCACAGCACGGCAGCAUGUCCCGACUCAGGAGGAGCCCUGUUGUGGGCCAUGCUACCUUGGGCAGCCCCUGCACACCCAACAGAGUGUUCAGACACAACUCCUUCUCUGGUGGUUUGGCGCUUCCCUCUAAAAAUUCUCACACUCCAGAUUCCUCCCCCGACACCAGCCGCUUCCAGCACACUCCCAAUUACACCGUAGAGGUGCAGAUUUCCAGUUGUUCGCUUUGUAAGACCUGCGACUGUCUGGUGUAUGACGAGGAGAUCAUGGCUGGCUGGACCUCGAAUGACUCAAACCUCAACAGCACUUGUCCCUUCUGUGGCACAGCCUUCCUGCCUUUCCUCAAUGUGGAAAUCAAAGAUCUGAGACCACAGAGAGGGUCUUCUAAGGAAAGUUAUCCUGUCAUAGAGGAGGACAUGUCUGCGUCACUCAAUCCCGAGGCCAAAGAGUCAUCUGCAGCUCCCCUGCAGAGGCAGGAGAGCAGUGGGGGCGCUGGGACCGCAGCCCCGGCCUCAGCCUCCCCCUCCCCCUCUGCUCCAGUGACAGUGCCCUACCUGAGCCCCCUGGUUCUGUGGAAGGAGCUGGAGAGCCUGCUGGUGAACGAAGGCGACCAGGCCAUCUCCUCUCCGAGUGUUGUUGACCAGCACCCCAUCGUCUUCUGGAACCUCGUGUGGUACUUCCGAAGGCUCGAGCUGCCGAGUAACCUGCCAGCUCUUAUCCUGGCCUCCCAGCAUUGUUGCCACGGAGACCAGACUCCUCAGAGCGUUUCAUCGGAGGACAGUAAGCAGGUGCUGGUGAGGAUUAUGUGGGACAACCUGAAGUUGCACCAAGACAAAGUUCAACCCUGUUACGUCCUGUGGAACACACACUGUGCCAACUCCCUCGUUCGCUCUGGGCUGUGUGAAGAAGGCCAGCUCUUCACUGUGGAGCUACUGCAGGGGUUUGUGAGGAGCGUUAAGAAGAGUGAUGUCUACCAUUCCAUGAGCCAGAUCAUCCAGCUGCUGGGGCCAGAGCUGGGUUUUAGGAGACAGAGGAGCCUCUAUAGAGAUUUGUUGUUCCUUGCUCUGGUGGCUUUGGGGAAGAACAACAUUAAUAUAGAUGCUUUUGACCGGGAAUACAAGUUGGCGUAUGACCGCCUCACACCCGACUUGGUUAAACUGACGCACAACUGUGACCGCCCCCCUGGACCAGGCGUCAUGGAGUGCAGGAGGACUUUCAGGGAGCCCAGUCUGUGAACUACUUCUCUUCUUCUGUCCCAGUAUAUUUCUCCUUCAACCGAGGUCACUGCUUCUUUUUUUUCUUCUCCCUCAGGACCAGCUCACCUGGCUAUUUAAAGCACAACUGGUAAAUGACAUCUUAUAUGAAGCAACUGCAACAAGUUUCUCGUGUACUGUUAGAGCUGAGAAGCACGACGUUACAGGACUUUUUGUAAAUGUUUAGAAACUUCCACUGUUUUUUCAGUGUAUCUAUUGUCAAAUGUUUGUACAGGUAAUAUACAGUCUAUUUUAUGACUUUUAUUUCUGUUUAAGCUGUGAGUAGGUAUGUAAACGUAUAUGAUCACCAUGUCUAAUUUCCUCAGUGGUCCUGGUGACCUUGUUAAGACUGUUUUUGAGCGAGCGAGUGAGCGUGCGUGCGUAUGUGUGUGUGUGUGUGUGUACACAAUAUGUACUUGCUUUCAGACAUUCAUGUUAUUACAAAGCACUUUGAAAAGAUGAGCUCUUGCCAUUCAUUUUUAUUAACACUGUGGCCCAGCAGCCUCCUCGUAAGUGACUUUUGUUUUUGUUUGGCAGCUGCAGGACUUCCUGUACCGUCUAACAUUUCCAUUAUAUGCAGUUCUCAAAAGACAAGGAAUUCCAUCCUCAUCCGCUCCCUGUAAACACAGCAGGGCAUGUUCAUACGCCUGAAUUCAUUUAACUAGACAAAAAUUAUGAAAUUUCUAAUUUCUAAAUCAAAAAGGGAAUAGUCAAUUAAUGUACAGUAAAUGCACAUUAUUUAUUCAUGUAUCUUUUUUUGUACAAUGUAUGAAAUUAACCCAAAAAGGAAUGAAUUUGUAUUAUAUGGGACCAUCAAGGAUACAUUUCCUUAAAAAUAGUACAAUCAAACUAAUAUCAGACAAAUAACUGAAAAUACAUGUUUUCAUUGAUUUCAUCAACAGUUUUAGAUAAAGAAAUUCACACAUUGACACAGUAACAGCUCUAUGAACCUGUACAGAGUAUUUGAUUCUAGUAAAAAAAAUUUGCUCUUCACUCUCUGGUAGAUGUCAGUUUUAGACAUUUGGAAAAUACUGCACUGUUAAAACUCAUUUUAACCACUUAAAUGAAACCGACUGUUGAAAAAAUAAUUGAACAAAUGGCUGUGCCGAUUUCUUUGCACUGAGCAUAUUAAAGGAUGUUUACGUGUCGAAGGUGUUGAGGUUUAACAACAGCUCUGACCUGCCCUAGUUAAAAAUCAGGUUAAAAAGCUGAGUGUGUUUAUUCACUGUUUUAAUAUUGUCUUUCACUAUAAACUGACAAACCUGCCGCGAUUCUGUUUGCAAUGUGAUGCAGCUGCACAGCUCAUAACUGAAUUUCACAAAUACUUAUAAUGAUAAGAUGCUGGAUUAUAUAGAGCUGUGUGCUUGGAAUAAACACAAGUCUCACAGUGUACAGUUGCAUUUUAACCACCUUGUAAAUUGUAUCCAGUUACAAAAAAACAAAAAAAUCACUGAUGACCAAAACAUAAUUUGAUGUCUGCCUGUUGUUUACACUAUUUGUCAAAUUACACAAUGUUUAUGAAGUAAUAUUUAUCAUUUGUAACACAGAUACUAAUUUGUAUGAUUUUUACCUAAAAAAAAGAAAUGUUUUUUUGCUCUCUGGCUGGAUCUAUAGUUUACUUUCAUUUAUGAAUAAACAUGUUUAUUCUA